AUGGGAUUUGACAUGACACAACUGGGCUAUUAUGCGGCUACGCUUGGACAACACACAACUUUCACGUCACUUCCGCUGAUCAGUUGCAUGCAGACUGUUCCGCAGCCAGACACUGUACCCGUCUCAAGUUCGUUAUCCGUCAUAUUACCCAUUCGUACAGAUCUGGGAAAAGCGCGUAUUUUAGAACGUGUGCCGAAUUGUCAAAAAUGUGGACAGCACGGAAGAAAGUCGCGGCUUAAAGGACACAAACGUGUAUGCCCCUAUCGAGACUGCGAUUGCGCAAAGUGUCAAGUAGUGAGUGAGCGACAGAAAUUGAUGGCCGAUCAGAUAAAAAUACGACGGCGACAACGAAAGGAUACGUUGCUGAACAUAACCCGUGAAAACAUUACGGCAACACUGAACGCAGCAGCUGCGUCGUUUUUAGACAAGCAGCUACAACAGAAUAUGCGACAUCCAGUAACAUUCCUACCUGGACAGUCUCCGCCCUCUGAAAAUACCCUCGAAACAAGUUCCUUUUGCAAUUCUUCUGGCACUGCUUUGAACAGCUAUUUGGCCAGCUCACCCUCGGAUUCGCUAAAGCGACAGCAACAGCAGCCGUCCCCACCAGCAUUGCCACAUUUGCAGUUUUUAUUCCAGCCCCAGUUCACUACAGCAGUAGCAGCAGCGGCAGCAGCCAACGUCACUACGACGUGUACAAAACUGAACAAUGUUCCGUCACCUCAGUCUCUGACACCGCCCUGUACACAAUCCGAAGAUCCUGCUGGCACCGUUACAACGAGCAGCCCGCCUAUUGCAGUUCCGGUGGCCAUCAAUCCAGUUGCGGUUUCUGGAAUUACAUCCAAUUUAACAAAUCAGAAUGCGCUUUCGAGAGGUUUGCAGCAACAGCAACACCAGCAGCAGCACCAACAGCAGCAGCAACUUAGCCAAGUAACUGCAAGUCAGUUGACCACCGGUCAGAUUCCGGCUUUUCUGGACAACGAUCAACUUUUCCAGACGCUACUGAAUAAUAUGCGAUUGUUAGAGCGAAAAAUUUCCAUGGAAGCUGCAGAAGUUGCUGCAGCUGCAGCCGCUGGUGCGAAUAAAACCGAAACUAAUCAUAUACCAAGCGCAUUUGUCGACAUCAUUGUCACUCAUCUACUCUCAAUCCAAAAACAUCAUUUCAUAGUUGCACAACCUCCACAACGUAAUCCUCACUGCAUAUACCUCAUAUACAUACAUGAUAUAUACAAAGCCUAG